ACAACACCCAGCAAAUCAACCCAACAUGCCCAAAACAAUCCUCAUCACCGGCGCGACAGGCAAACAAGGCGGAGGUGUAAUCAACGCCCUUCUCGCCCAAGACGCAGACGUCGAGAUCCUCGCCGUAACCCGGAAUACUUCGUCCGGGGGUGCGCAGAAAUUGCAGCAAAAGGAUCCUUCGAAGAUUAAAUUGGUGGAGGGGAAUCUGGAUGAUCCGGGGGGUAUCUUUGCGAAUGCGAAGAAGAUCACCUCGCAGCCUGUUUGGGGGGUGUUUGGUGUCCAAUCCCCCACCCCCGGAAGUUCCGACCAAACGCGCGAAGAAAACCAAGGCAAAGCUCUUGUCGACGUAGCGCUGAAAAACUCCGUCCAACUCUUCGUCUACACCUCCGUCGACCGCGGCGGCGACGAAACCUCCUAUGACAAUCCAACAUCCAUCCCGCAUUUUAUCAGUAAGCAUAACAUCGAGCACCAUCUUGUCGAACAGGCAAAGGGUACGAAUAUGUCGUGGACGAUUCUCCGCCCCGUGGCGUUUAUGGAUAACUUCACGCCGGACUUCGCCGGGAAGGUGUUUACGACGGCUUGGAAAGUCGCUGUUCAGGAUAAGCCGUUGCAGCUUGUUUCCGUUGAGGAUAUAGGAUUCUUCGCUGUGCAGGCGUUUUUGAACCCUGAGAUUUAUAAAGGGAAGUGUUUAUCCCUGGCAGGUGAUGAACUUACAUUUGAGCAGUUCGGGAAGGUGUUUAAGGAGAAGACGGGAGAUGAUUUGCCCAUGACGUUGGAGUUCGUGGUGCAUUUAUUAUUGUGGUGGAUGCCGGAUUUCGGGGAGAUGCUUAAAUGGUUUUAUCAGAAGGGGUAUCGGGCUGAUAUUAAGGCGCUGCGGAAUUUACAUCCUGGGAUGAGGGAUUUUGGGGCGUGGCUUAGGAUUGAGAGUGGGUUUGAGACGAAAUAAUGUUUGUUUUGGUUUAUUUUGAAUUGAUAUGGCGGAUUUAGGGCCACAACUAGCAGAAUACACUUUUUCCAAAAUCC